AUGACCUGCGAAGCCUGCCGCACCAUCCCCCCCGUGAUCUCCUCAGGAUACACACCCAAGGGGACUUACACCCAAAUCGCCGAUCUAAAGACAUCCACCACCGGCAUCAUCGACAUCUACGACAUCUUCGGCCUCUCGAACCAAACCAUCCAGGGUGCAGAUCUCCUCGCUGCACGACUCAAUGCCCUCGUCCUAGUGCCUGAUUUCUUCCACGGCGAGCGUGCAGAUCUCGCGUGGUUUCCGCCCGAUACGGAGGAGAAGAAGGCGGCGCUGUUUGGGUUUAUUAAUACGAAGGCGGCGGUCAAGGACAAAGUGGAGGUGUUACGAAGGGUUGCAGAGGAUGCGAGGGUGAGGUUUGGAGGGGUGAGGAGUUGGGGAGCGUUUGGGUUGUGUUGGGGUGGGAAGGUUACUGCCCAGGUCUCGGGGCCGAAUUCGCCGUUUGUUGCGACGGGACAGGUGCAUCCUGGGUUCAUGGAUAUCGAGGAGGCUAAGAAGUUGACGGUUCCGCAUAUUGUGCUGGCGUCCAAGGAUGAACCGGUGGAGGCUGUGAAGGGAUACGCUGAGGUCAUUGCUGGCAAUGGCAUUGGAGGCGUGGUUGAGACGUAUCCGACCAUGUGGCAUGGCUGGAUGGGUGCUCGUGCUCAGUUGGAGACUCCGGAGGGGUUGGCGGAGUAUCAGCGGGGGUACAAUCAGCUGGCUGAUUUCUUUGAGAACAACCAUCAUAUGAUCAUGACAGCCUCCCCCUCCGUCCUCGUCUUCGGCGUCGGCAGCGUCGGUGCCAUCUACCUACACCAAAUACAACGAGCCGGCUGCACCGUCACCGCCGUCUGUCGCUCCAACUACGACGUCGUCGCUCACCACGGCUUCACCCUGCGCAGUCCCCGCUUCGGCACCGUCACCUAUCGUCCCGACCACACCGUUCGCUCCGUGCACGAUUGCCCUCGCGACACUGAAUACGAUUAUGUGCUUGUCACAACAAAGGCUUUCCCCGGUCGGACGCCCUCCCUAGCCGACCAGCUUCGACCGGUGCUUGAAAAUCACCCACACACCGCCAUUGUCCUGGCGCAGAAUGGUAUCGACAUCGAGAAGGAUAUUGCGGAUGCAUUUCCCUCCAAUCCAGUCAUCAGCGGGGUAGUCUACCUGCCCACCGUUCAGACAGAAGCUGGUGUGAUCGACCAUGCGGAGCCGCUGGAUCUCCUAGAACUAGGAACGUAUCCGGCUCGCGCGCCGGAGGAACAUACACGGGCGGCGAAGAAAUUCGUCGAGUUGAUGAUAAAAGGAGGCGGGGAUGCGGUGCUGUUCGAGGAUAUACAAGAGGCAAGGUGGGCGAAAUUGCUGCUCAACGCGGCAUGGAAUCCGAUCUGUGCGUUGUCAUUGUGCACGGAUGGCGGGUUCCUGCUGACUUCGGAGCCGUUUGCGCGUGACUUGGCCUGGGGGAUUAUGAUGGAGAUUGUGGCGUUGGCGAAAGUGGCUGGGAUUGCAGGGGUAGAUGAGGAGGCGGCGAAGAAGAGGUUUGCAUUGGCGGAGAGGAGGGCCAAGGAAGGGACAGGGAGGGAGAUGAGUAUGUUGCAGGAUGUGAAGAUGGGGAGGCCGUUUGAGGUCGAAGCGAUCGUGGGGAAUGCCGUAAGAUUGGGGAGGAAGUGUGGGGUGUCGAUGCCCCGGUUGGAGACAGUGUAUGCAUUGGCCAAGGGGAGGCUGGAUGUGUUAAUGGGGGUUUAG